AUGCCGAGUCCGGAAUGCGAUCCACCGGGUCCCGGUGACAGCUCCAACCUGGAAGAAUGGCUUGUGUCCUUAUUGGAUCACAAGUUCGCACAGCAAGAGACUGUGAUUCGUGGGUUGCUUGAGCGAAAGCCUCAAGGACAGAGCUAUCCGGACAGAACACUAUCGUCUUUCUCUGCUGAGAGAAUUGCCAACAUGGGCACGGCUUCUCCCGGCAGUCCCAUGGAUGAUUCACAGAGCGAGGCGGCCGGUGAGCCAAUGUAUCCCUUCAGAAGCGAUGCUACCAGCGAUGAUGUUGCUAGAACAUCUUCUAAAAACAUGGUUAGAAAGAACACAGCGACGCUCGGAGCGGCUGUGAUGUCAGAGAGGUGGGAUCCAGAUCCGCCCUGGAAAUCCUUCAUCAAGAAACGCCUUGAUGGAUACAUGGGGAUUGUCGUCAUUGUGAACAUGAUCUUCAUGGUCCUAAUGACCCAAUGGACAGGUUCAAGGGCUGAGGUUUACCUCAACUUGACGCAAGACCACUGGCCGUUCUUUUCGCAGGAGUUCUUCGAUAUUUCAGAGUAUUGCUUCUACGUCCUCUAUGUCGCCGAUGUUGCUGUUCGAGCCGUUGUUCUUCGGAGGGAGUGGUAUUACGAUCCACAGGAAGGCUUCAUGUAUUUAAACAUGUUUGACAUGGGCCUCGUGGCUCUCAGUACGAUUGAGCUGCUCGUGCUGCCGGCGGUCCUGUCCGCUGGGGGCACUAACGAGUUCCAGGCCAGUGCUAUUCGUGUCUUGAAGCUGAUGCGGAUAUACAGGACUCUGCGUGUUGUGAAAACCAUGCAUGUAUUUCGGCAGUUGAAGCUCUUGGUUAGAACGUGCGUUGCCAGCAUCGGGGCCUUAUUCUGGUCAUUGGUGCUCCUGCUUUUAUUGAACAUAGCAUUCGCACUGAUGAUCUCCCAAGCUCUGCAGACAUUCAUCUUAGACGAUGCUGCAGAUCUGGAUGCACGUCUUCAAAUGUACGAGUUCUAUGGUAGCUUCACGAAGUCCUUUUACACCAUUUUCGAGGUGACGCACAGCGGGUCUUGGCCAUCGCGUGUCCGACCUGUCCUAGAUUCGGUGGAUGCCUGGUAUGCUGCUCUGUUUCUGCCAUAUAUAGCAUUGGUGGUUUUCGCAGUUAUCAGAGUCGUCACGGCUCUAUUCAUCAAAGAAACGCUGGCCAGCGCGGCAAACGAUGCAGAGCUGGUCAUCGAAGAAACCCGACGGUACGCGUUGGAAUAUCAGAAAAAGCUGGAAGAACUUUUCAAGUUUGUGGAUGAAGAUGGAAACGGCCAAUUGUCUCCAGAAGAGUUUGUGGAAGCCAUGAGCUUGCCGAGCGUGCAGCAGUACAUGAAGUUCCUGGAUGUCAGCGUUCGCGACGUGCGCCCGCUUUUCGACAUUCUGUCCGAGGGUGACGGCCUUAUCACCAUAACUGAGUUCUGCAAAGGUCUCAUGCAGCUUAAAGGACAGGCACGAGCUCUGGACAUCAUCAUCCUGCAGCACGAGAACGCGAAGCUCACGAAGAGGUGUGAAGACAUCCACCGCAGUGUCCGCAAAGUGUUCCAGGUCAUAUCUUCGUCCGGUUGGGCAGGACGUCUCCAAGAGAUGUAA